GAGCCAACGGCAAGGCUCUCGCUCUUCUCUGCGGCUCUGCCUUAACCAAACCGACUCAGAAUCUCUCGCUCUAUCCGGUUAUCUAUAUAAUUCAAAUCAAGAACUCGAAUCAGAAAAUUAAACAAACAAAUUUUCUCAAGCCCCAAACAAAAAUUAGCGCGCAUUACUUGGAUCAGCAGCCAAUUUCAUCGCCUGAUCAAGAAUCAAUAGUGGUAGCUGUGGAGGAUAAGAGUUGCGAAGGAGUUUGUUACCAGAGUAUGAGCUUUCCCCAAUCAAGAAAUAAUAAUGACCGAAGGGAUGGGAUUGGGAGUAGUCGACUCCCCAAUCAAAAUGCUCGUCAAACAUGGGUUCCGAGAGGACCGCCUACUCCAACAGCUGUUGUUAAUCCGCCGCCACCUUUCAAUUCUGAGCCUAGUGGAAUUGCGAGCGGGACACACUCUAAUCAGCCAAAUCCUCGGCCAAGUAGAAAUACUGAAAAUAAUGUGUUUAGAGGUCGCAGGAUGGGUCCUAGUAAUUACAGGAGGGAUUUGGAGAGUGGGAGAGAGAAGAGCCACACUCAUGGGGUUAAGGAGUUGAAAGAGAAAGACCCCAAUUUGCCGCAGCUCUUGCAAGAAAUUCAGGAGAAACUUGUGAAGGGUACUGUUGAGUGUAUGAUUUGUUAUGAUAUGGUGCGGAGGUCUGCUCCUGUUUGGUCUUGCUCGAGUUGCUAUUCUGUUUUUCAUUUGAGUUGCAUCAAGAAAUGGGCGCGUGCUCCUACUUCUAGUGACUUGUCAGCUGAGAUGAAUCAAGGAUUUAAUUGGCGGUGCCCAGGUUGCCAGUCAGUGCAGCUGACUUCGUCAAAGGAAAUUCGGUAUGUUUGCUUUUGCAGGAAGAGGAUUGAUCCACCUUCUGAUUUGUAUUUGACACCACAUUCUUGUGGUGAACCAUGUGGAAAACCACUUGAGAAGGGAGUUCCAGGUCCUGGCGAGAGCAAAGAAGAUCUUUGUCCUCAUGUUUGCGUCUUGCAAUGCCAUCCAGGUCCAUGCCCUCCAUGUAAAGCAUUUGCUCCGCCGAGGGUAUGUCCAUGUGGUAAAAAAGUGAUCACAACAAGAUGCUUUGAUCGGACUUCUGUUCUUACAUGUGGCCAGCAUUGUGAUAAGCUUCUUGAAUGUGGGCGUCAUCGGUGUGAGAAGAUGUGCCAUGUUGGUCCUUGUGAUCCUUGUCAGGUGCUAGUUAAUGCUUCGUGUUUUUGCAAGAAAAGCGCAGAGGUUCUGUUGUGCGGGGAUAUAGCUACAAAAGGCGAAGUGAAAGUUGAGGAUGGUGUUUUUUUUUGUGACUCAACAUGUGGGAAGAUGCUGGGUUGUGGAAAUCAUUUCUGUUAUGAAGUUUGCCAUCCAGGCCCUUGUGGGGAUUGUGAGUUAAUGCCAGGGAGGGUCAAAUCAUGCAAUUGUGGGAAAUCAUGUUUGCAGGUGGAAAGAAAAAGUUGUUUGGACCCAAUUCCAAACUGUACCCAAAUAUGUGGCAAAAGUCUUCGAUGCGAGAGACACCACUGUAAGGAGGUGUGUCAUGGCGGGGAUUGCCCGCCUUGUCUGGUUCUUGUGACUCAAAAAUGCCGGUGCGGAUCAACUUCUCGAACUGUGGAAUGCUUUAAAACAAGUGAAGAGAGCGAAAAAUUUACUUGUGAGAAACCUUGUGGUCGGAAGAAAAACUGCGGGAGACAUCGGUGUAGUGAAAGGUGCUGCCCACUUUCCAACCCAAACAAUCUUCUCUCUGGUGAUUGGGAUCCACAUUUUUGUCAGAUGGCCUGUGGGAAGAAGCUCAGGUGUGGACAGCAUUCUUGUGAAUCAUUGUGUCAUAGUGGACAUUGUCCGCCUUGCCUUGAGACGAUCUUUACUGAUUUGACAUGUGCAUGUGGAAAAACUUCAAUUCCUCCGCCUCUUCCUUGUGGCACACCUCCUCCUUCAUGUCAACUGCCAUGCUCAAUUCCUCAGCCUUGCGGCCAUUCAGCCUCUCACAGUUGCCACUUUGGAGAUUGCCCACCUUGUUCAGUCCCUAUAGCGAAGGAGUGUGUUGGCGGGCAUGUGGUUCUUGGAAACAUACCUUGUGGUUCUAAGGAUAUUAGAUGCAACAAACUCUGUGGUAAGACCAGGCAGUGUGGCUUGCAUGCAUGUGGCAGAACAUGUCAUCCAUCACCUUGUGAUAAUACUUCAUGCGGAAGUGAAGCAGGCUCGAAAACUUCUUGUGGGCAGACAUGCGGUGCGCCUAGGAGAGAUUGCAGACAUACCUGUAUGGCACUUUGUCAUCCAGCUGCGUUCUGUCCUGAUGUAAGAUGUGAGUUCCCGGUCAUGAUUACCUGCUCUUGUGGAAGGAUAACAACAUCCGUUCCUUGUGAUGCUGGAGGAAGCAAUGGUGGGUUUAAUGCCGAUUCUGUCUUUGAAGCAUCUGUUGUUAGAAAGUUGCCUGCACAAUUGCAACCAGUAGAAUCAACUGGCAAGAAAGUUCCCCUAGGCCAGAGGAAGCUUAUGUGCGACGAUGAAUGCGCCAAGUUAGAGCGCAAAAGGAUGCUUGCUGAUGCUUUUGAUAUAGGUCACCCGAAUUUGGAAGCUCUUCAUUUUGGCGAGGUUUCUGCUGUGACAGAGCUACUUUCGGACUUGUAUAGGCGUGAUCCGAAGUGGGUGCUUGCUGUGGAGGAGAGGUGCAAAUACUUGGUACUUGGCAAGAACAGGGGCUCCCUUGCUGCUCUCAAGGUUCAUAUUUUCUGUCCAAUGCUGAAGGAUAAGAGAGAUGCAGUUAGGCUGAUAGCUGAACGAUGGAAACUUGCAAUUUAUUCCACCGGUCGGGAGCCAAAGCGUUUCAUUGUGGUACAUGCUACACUGAAAUCCAAACCCCCAUCUCGUGUGAUUGGAAUUAAGGGUACUACCACUUUAUCCGCUCCCCAUCCUGCUGUCUUCGAUCCACUCGUAGACAUGGAUCCCAGGCUUGUCGUUUCUUUUCUAGAUUUGCCAAGGGAAGCAGAUAUAAGCUCGCUGGUUCUAAGAUUUGGUGGGGAAUGCGAACUAGUUUGGUUGAAUGACAAGAAUGCACUUGCUGUGUUUAACGAUCCUGCUCGUGCGGCUACUGCUAUGAGGAGGUUGGAUCACGGAUCCGUGUAUCACGGUGCAGUUGUGGUUCAUCAGAAUGGUAGCUCAUUGGCGGCUACAGGUGCUACUAAUCCUUGGGGAGCAGCAGCAGGUGGUGCUAAAGAAGGAGGAGUUGCAUCGAAGUCGUGGAAAAAGGCUGUUGCUCCAGAGUAUGGUUGGAAGGAAGAUCCAUGGGGCGGCGGUGAAGAGUGGUCUCAUGGAUCUGCAGACGUUCAGCCUUCUGCAUGGCGAGCGAAAGAAGCUCCGAUGAUUGCAGCUUCAGUUAAUCGGUGGACUAUCUUAGAUCCGGAAUCUGCUGCUGCGAGUUCAUCCGUACCUUCCAACCCAGCAAAACAAGAAGAAAGCAGUUCUACUACAGUACGGGAUUCAAAUAUAAGCAGCUCCAAUUUACGGGGGCAGAUUGGAGGACUUGGUGAAGCCAAGUUGGCAGCCGAGUCGGCUGAUGUGGCAGAGGAUUGGGAGAAAGCUUAUGACAAUGCAAUAGCUUACUUUUUCAUUUCCAUUUCUGUCUGGAAUUCUACUUUUGGCUUUUUCAUUUCCAUUUCAGUUGAUGAUCUGGGGUUUUAUGCUUGCCAUAGUUCAAAACAGUGUUAUUUUAAUGUUUUCUGUGACAGACAUAGGAAGAGCAAGGAAACAUGGAGGCACACACUCAUUCUGUCAUUCCAAAGCCUUGGAGUGGUUUAUGGUCGCAUAAGCACGGCUCCUUUAUAUGUCUUUGGAACAAUUCCAACAGAUUAUUUCGUAUCAGAUGAAACUGCAUAUGAAUAUUUCUCCUUUAUUUUUUGGACUAUGACCAUCAUUUCUUUGCUGAAGUAUGCGUUCAUAGUACUGCGAGCCAAUGACAAUGGCGAGGGUGGUACCUUUGCGUUAUACUCGUUAUUAUGUAGAAAUGCUAAAGUUGGUCUCCUACCAGAUGAUAGAAGCACUAAUGAGAUCAUACAUCAUGAAUUUGGUAGCCCUGAAAGAAGUAAAGUUGAUUCAAGGGCUCGUAGGGCUAUCGAAAAGCAUAAAAGCAGCCAUUAUUUAAUGCUCUUCUCAGCACUGCUUGGUGCUUGUAUGAUAAUUGGAGAUGCAGUGCUGACCCCGUCUAUUUCCGUAUUAUCAGCUUCGUCAGGCCUUCAACGAUGGUUGUCUAAAAUAAAAUAUUCCUCUUCAGAAAAGAAACAACGCAGCAUAUCAGAUGCUUUAGAAAGCUAUGUACCAGUUCCUUUGGCAUGUGCUGUUUUAGUAUGCCUUUUCAUGCUGCAGAAAUAUGGAACUCCUAAAAUCGGGUCUAUAUUUGCACCAGUUGUUACCAUAUGGCUUUUGUUUAUCAGCGGAGUGGGGAUAUAUAAUAUAAUCCAUUACAACCCCAAAAUUCUUGGUGCAAUCUCUCCAGCAUAUAUGUAUAAAUUUGUGAAAAACAUCAACAAAAGGAGUUGGAGGUCGCUUGGCAGCAUUCUUCUUUGCGUUGCAGGAUCAGAGGCAAUGUUUGCAGAUCUUGGACAUUUCUCAAAGAAAUCUAUUCAGAUGACAUUUUCCUGCUUGAUUUAUCCACUUCUAAUUUUAUGCUAUGCUGGUCAAGCUGCAUAUAUCUCUAAAAAUGUGAAUGCUUCUAAUGAUUUCAACCAUCUUAGUAAAUCUAUGCCUGAUCAUCUUGGUCACAUCUUCAUAGUCUUGUCACUACUCGCUUCAGUAACUGGAAGCCAAGCAACUAUAACGGCAAGUUUUUCCAUCAUAAGCCAGUGCCUGGCACUUGGUUGUUUCCCUAGGGUAAAAGUUAUACAUACAUCAAACAACCGCCGCGGGCAGGUUUAUAUUCCUGAUGUUAAUUGGUUACUGAUGAUCCUUUGCCUCACUGUCACUAUUGGUUUCCGUGACUUGCAUAAAAUUGCAAGCGCAGCAGGUCUGGCUAUUGUUUCUGGAAUGGUAGUUACUACUUGUCUGAUGUCUCUUGUGAUUGCUUUGCAAUGGGAGAAGCCUUUGUACAUGUCAGCAUGUUUUCUACUGGUUUUCGGAUUUGUGGAGGCUGUGUAUUUGUCGGCAUGUCUGUUGAGUUUUCACAAAGGAGGUUGGUAUCUAAUCGUCCUUUCAGCACUGACAUUCACAAUCAUGCUUUCGUGGCAUUACGGCACGAAGAAGAAGUACGAGCUUGAUUUACAAAACAAGGUGCCGACAGAAUGGCUUACAGAUUUCAGCCCAGGCCUUGGAGUUUCCAGAGUUCCAGGAAUUGGUUUAAUCUACACCGAUAUAGUGUCAGGAAUACCAGCUUUCUUCUCACAUUUCAUUACAAACCUUCCCGCUUUUCAUCAAGUGCUAAUAUUUGUGUCUUUCAAGUCCCUACCAGUGCCUCACAUUCCGCCAAGUGAACGGUACCUUGUUGGCCGGAUUGGUCCCAAAGAGUUUAGAAUCUACAGAUGCAUUGUGAGAUACGGAUACUGCGAUUAUGUCAGAGAUACAGACGACUUCGAGGAACAAAUUAUCCGCUCUAUAGGAGAGUUCAUUUUGUCAGAAGAAAACGAUUGCGAGUCAUUGACUUCCUCCGAAGGAAGAAUGGUGGUUGUCGGUAAGUCAUCCCCGGACGGAAAUGCUUUGAUUCCUUUACACGAAAGCAGCAGCAGCCUAACUCUGGGGUCCGACGCCCAAAAUCCGGCAAGUCCAAAUGGUGAUAUCGUGAAUCGGAAAAAAGUACGGUUUAUGUUACCCGUGAAAAGCCGUAAAAUGGGGGAUUACGUAAGGGAGGAGCUGCAGGAACUGAUAAAUGCAAGGGAGAGUGGUACUGCAUAUUUGUUGGGUCAGUCACAUUUAACAUUGAGGGAAAACUCAAACUUUAUCAAGAGAUUCUUGAUUAUGAGUUAUGUUUUCCUUGAUAAAAACUGCAGAGAGCCUCCUGUGGCAUUGAACAUACCUCAUGCUGCUCUUGUGGAGGUUGGCAUGGUCUAUACUAUAUAAUCUGUAAGAAUAGAGCAUAGUUUACACAUUUAAGUACUGAAAAAAAAACAUUUUAGUUAUUUUUAAGUUUGUAUUGAAAUGUGAGAAGAAAAUGAAUUUUUCACUCA